GCUUGGGUUGUAUAAAAUUGAAAACAAAUCAUUUUUGAUGCUUAGUCGAGUACGUUGUUGUGUCGCCGAGCCGCAUCGUCAUCGCAUCGGUCGUCGUCUUUGUCGUUGUCAUUUUAAAAAUAGAAAAGUACACAAAAAUAACUCCCAAAGGUGGCGCGAAAAUUAAAACUUAUAAACGACGUUUUAAACUUGAUUGUGACGGUAACUUCUCCAUUGCACUCGCGCAAUAUUCCAUUCAAAAGAAUUAAAAAAAAAAAUAAACAAAAGAUAAAAGAGUAAAAUGACCGUUUCUACGGAAUUUACAGCCCUAGUGCUUGUGAGUGUGUGUCUGUUGUUUCAUGAGACUUUGGCACUUCAUCUGACUGAGCCACAAGAAAUUACUAAUUAUCCCACUUCGGGUAGUGAAAAUAAUGUCACUGUGACACCAGUGACAGCAGGAAAUAGAAUUCCUCACGAGGAAACCGGAAACAUCGGACUAGAUCUUAAUUUGGCUAAUGGCCAGUUAAUGGAAUCCAAUGAAAUGCCAGUGCGUUAUGACGAGGCGCAAUUGUGGAGGAUAUACAAUAUUUCUAGUCUCGAAAGUCCAUCACAGGUGCCGGAGCUUUUAGAGAGUCGUUACGGUGGAAUUGUAUGGAAGGAGAAUUCAAAAUUCCUCGAUGUAUCAUUUGCCAAAGAAAACAUCAAAAAAGCCAGAAGUUUCUUGAAACAAUUAAAUGUCUCCACGGAGGUUCUCAUUGAGAAUAUUCAAAAUUUAGUUGACAUCGAAGCUGGACAGGAUUUCACAUCUGUUCGUACAAAGAAAUCGAGUGAAUACAAACGGAUGAAUUGGGAUGAAUAUCAGGACAUUGAUGUUAUUUAUGAAUUCAUGAGGGAAAUUCGUGCGGCCAAUCCAGAACUAUGUCGAUUGUAUACGAUUGGAAAGACAGCUGAAGGACGCGAAUUGAAGGUUAUGAGAAUUUCAGAUAAUCCAAAAGAUAAUAAAAAAAUAUGGAUCGAUGGUGGCAUUCAUGCCCGUGAAUGGAUUAGCCCUGCUGUCGUUACCUACAUUCUAGACAACUUGAUGUCCAAUUGGUCGACAUUGCCAAAAUAUCUAACAUCAAAAACUUGGUAUAUAAUGCCUGUUAUGAAUCCAGAUGGUUAUAUGUACAGCCGAAGUACAAAUCGUAUGUGGCGAAAGAAUCGUUCCAAGAGCAGUCGUAACUCCUGUUCUGGUGUUGAUUUGAAUAGAAAUUUUGACAUCAAUUGGAAAGGUCCAGGUUCAUCGACAAAUCCAUGCUCGGAUACGUAUCGUGGUAGCGCACCAGCAUCGGAAUUGGAAACCCAAGCAGUAACUAGAUUUUUAGGUCGACGUAAAAAAAAUCUAGGAGCCUAUUUGACUUAUCAUAGUUACGGUGAAAUGAUUGUAUAUCCGUGGGCUUAUAAGACUGCAAAAGUAAGAGAUCACAAGGAUCUCCAAAAAGCCGCUGAAUUAGCUGUAAAUAAUAUUCAAAAUGAAACAGGACGAGCUUAUAGAGCUGCGACAACUUAUGAACUGUUGGGUGUUGCUGGAGGUGGUUCAGAUGAUUGGAGCAGAGCGUCGUUGGGAACAAAGUAUGUAUAUACUGUGGAGCUCAGAGAUCGAGGUUAUUAUGGAUUUGUGCUACCUAAAGCACAAAUCAAGGCUACAGCGAGAGAGGGGUGGACUGUAGUCGAUACAAUAGCAAAGUUUUUUUAGAUAAAAAUGAUGAUGAAAUAAAAGCCAAAUUAGUAUUA